AUGGAGUUUGAUGGCCCUCUCUCUGCACAGGAGCAGAUGUACAUCCUUUAUGAAAUCAAAGUGCAGUGCUUCCAGAACCUCUCCACCACUGAGCCAGGCCUGGGAGUGUGCCCUCCAGAUUGGGACGGUCUUAUUUGUUGGCCCCGUGGCUCCUCUGGGCUGGUUUCCAUGGUUCCCUGCCCGUUUUACAUCUAUGACUUCAAUCAUAAAGGACAUGCUUACAGGAAGUGUGAUGUCAACGGUUCCUGGGUGUUUGUGGACCAUUGGAACAAAACAUGGACCAACUACUCCGAGUGUGUGCGUUUCCUUAAUCCCGCCAAUGAGGACGGGAGGCAAGAAUUCUUCGAGCGGCUGUAUGUCAUGUAUACCGUUGGCUACGCUGUGUCCUUCAGCUCUCUGCUGGUGGCCAUCGCCAUCAUUGGAUACUUCAGGCGUCUUCACUGCACCAGGAACUACAUCCACAUGCACCUGUUUGUGUCCUUCAUGCUUCGUGCACUCAGCAUCUUUGUGAAGGACACAGUGGUCCAUGCCCAUGCUGGACUGCAGGACUUCGAUUCCGCCCUGUUGGACAACUUGAACACAGUUGGCAUGGCACCACUGGACAAUUCCCAGUAUAUUGGCUGCAAGGUGACCGUGCUGCUCUUCAUCUAUUUUCUGGCCACCAACUACUACUGGAUCCUGGUGGAAGGCCUCUACCUCCACAGUCUCAUCUUCAUGGCCUUCCGAUCAGACUCCAAAUACCUCUUGGGCUUCACCCUCAUCGGAUGGGGUGUACCAGCUGUUUUUGUGGCCGUGUGGGCGAUUGUCAGGGCAACGCUAGCGGAUGCAAGGUGUUGGGAGUUAAGUGCCGGUAACAUUAAGUGGAUCUACCAGGUUCCCAUUCUGACGGCCAUCGGGCUCAACUUCAUCUCGUUCCUGAACAUCGUACGAGUGUUGGCCACUAAAAUACGAGAGACCAACGCCGGGCGGUACGACACCAGGAAACAGUACAGGAAACUGGCAAAGUCCACCCUGGUGUUGGUGCUGGUGUUUGGCAUCCACUACAUUAUCUUUGUUGGGAUGCCUCACGCGUUUGAAGGAUCAAGCUGGGAGGUCCGCAUGUACUGUGAGCUUUUCUUCAACUCCUUUCAGGGCUUCUUUGUGUCCAUUAUCUAUUGCUUCUGCAACGGAGAGGUCCAGACAGAGAUUAAGAAAACAUGGACACGUUGGAACCUGGCCUUUGAGUGGGAGGGCCCGGUGGUCUGUGGCCGCUACCGUUACGGCUCUGUCGUUGUUGGCAUCAACAACAACAACAACAGCACCAGCAGCCAGUCCCACCUGGCAGGGGCCGGCUCCUCCACACGCUCCACCACGCUGGUUUCAAGCCGUGUUCAUCGAAACGCGCGUCCUCACGUGAUCAGCACCCUGCCAGGAUACGUGAUCAGUACCUCGGACCCAUCCAUACCUGAGGAACCUGAGGACAGCGGCACCAAGCGGGUCGACGAUAUCUCGCUGAAGGAAAAUCUGCAUGUUCUUAUUCCAAGUGCAACAGCCGAGGAUGAGGAGGAAACGCUGUAGCAGUCGUCACAUGUGAU